CUCUAUUCUCUGUAUUACUAUCACAAUUUACAUCUCUAAUGAUUGGUUUAGUAAGACUAAUUAGCAAAGGGAAAGGAAAUAGCCGAGCAGAUUGGCAAUGGCGUUAAUUAGUUGUAUUGUCUCACUCUCAUCACUACUGCAGAAGAGGGCGCCAUGAGUAAUCUCUCAAAAUACUAUGAAAAACUUGUGGUGAGAAAAAGACGUGAAGUGGAAGCAGGGCAGGAAGAAUUGAGGGUGGUGGAGGGGCAUAAUGAUGAUAAUGGGAAAUCGGGAUCAAAUGCUUCGGAGCAUUUCAUCAGCAGAUAUUAUUUUAACAUACUUCAGUCAAUGGGCCACGCCGUUUGCAUAUUCAAGCUUUCUGGAGAAAUUGCUUACUGGAAUCGUUCUGCUGAGAUACUAUAUGGGUAUUCCAGUUCAGAAAUUGUUGGACAUAAUAUCGUCCAGCUUCUUGUACACAAAAAUAAUAUCGAUUUUGAAAAUGAACUUGUUAAUCAGCUUGCGCAAGGACAUAGCUGGAAGGGGCAGUUGUUGUUUAAAAAGAAAUCUGGAGAUAUUUUUCCAGCAUUGGUAACCAACACACCUCUUUAUAAUGAGAGUGGUGUCUUUGUUGGUGUCAUUUCUGUGACACAUGAUGCACGUCCUCUUAAUGGAGAAGCUACUGUAAUUGACAACCAUUCAUCUGUCUCCAGUGAGGCUGGUGAUCGUGCAAACAAAAACAAUGAGAUGGGCAAGUCUAAAGUGGAAUUUCAACAGCUGUUUGAACAUCCUAUUGCAUCAAAAGUUUCUAAUGUUGCAUCUAAGGUAACAUCUAAGGUGCGUUCAUGGAUGCAUAAUGGUGACAAUGUGGAAUGUGAAGGUGGGAUUCACAGAGGCAAGUGUUCUGAACACCUUCCUCAUAUUAACCAGGCUUCAGACCAUAGAGAGUAUCACAAUGCCAAUUUCAAUGAGAAAAAGGCAUUUAAAGAUACUAGAAUAUCAUUUAAUUCUGGCCUUUCUCCACAUUUUACCCCUUUUAGAAAGCUUAGGGGUACAUCUGAAAGCAACACUUGCAAUGAAGGUGAGAAAAAAAAAGGGAUUUGCAACACCUUAGGCUCUAAAGCAGAAACGUGGAUGGCAAAGAAGGGAAAACUGUGGAAGUGGGGAGGUGAAUGUCAUGUUGAGGAGAUUAAGAAUCAUUUUGUAACGCCUUGGAUGAAUAUUGAUAAGGAAAAUGAUUCCGAAAAUCACAAAAAGAAAAACACAAGUUAUCGUAGGGAAAGCUACUCUAAUGAUGUGAAUAAAUCAAGGUUUAAUGAUUGCUCCAUCCUUUGGCUAUCAAAUAAUGCAGCUAGUGUGAGUCAUAAUGGAAGAAUUAGCAGUAUCAAUUGCAGAAAUACAAAAAGUCUUGAGAUAGGUUUGGGUACUCUGGACUGUGAAAUUCUCUGGGAAGACCUUACAAUUGGAGAAUACCUUGGGCAAGGUAAUGUUAAGUUGCUGAUUUCCAUUUCUAGGCUUCUUUGCAUAUAAAAUUUGCAUUUGAAACUGACCAGCGAUGUAAUUGAUAUGCAAUUUCUGUGUCA